GUUAAUUGAGAAGUGCGAGUGCGCAACAUAUUGUUGGUGUAUGGCUUCUGCACAAAUACUCCCAGUGUCUGAAAUACAGAGAACGGAGCAGCAAAAUCUCGUCUCGAUAUUGAACGUCAAGAUGGUGGUAACAACUCUCGUUUUGGCGAUAGCCUGCGCCUUUCUCUCUGCUCAGACCAAAGCUUUGUGUGGUCAGCGGUCGAUACCCAGCUCACGCGUCAUCAAUGGACAAGACGCAGCGCCACAUACGUGGCCUUGGCAACUGUCACUCAGGAGAGACGGCAAACAUAUAUGUGGUGCUUCACUUGUUGAGCCUGGACUGGCAAUAACCGCUGCCCACUGCGUUAUCCAGAACAAAACGUCAAGCAAUUUUACAUUAGUAGCAGGCGCACAUUACAGGGAACACGACGGCAAAGAGCUGACGAUUUCUAAAAUCACAUAUCACCCUGGAUUCAGCUUUGCUACCGCUGACCAUGACAUCGCAAUACUGCGACUGUCAGCCCCAGUCCUCCUCACGUCUAGCGUGAACACGAUUUGCCUACCCUCUCAAGGAGCAAGAGCGUCACUCGGUGGAAACUGCUUCAUUAGUGGUUGGGGUAGGAUAAACUCCUCUGACAUGCAACUCUUAGCAAACAAGCUGCAGCAGUCCCGAGUCUCAAUCAUCGAAAACAACAAGUGUAAAGUGAAAAACGACUGUCAUUAUAAAGUGUUAGAUAAGUCAAUGGUCUGCGCGGGCGGCGCCGGCAGUAGCAUAUGUCAUGGAGACAGCGGUGGACCGCUACAGUGCGAGGAGAAUGGGCACUGGGUGCUCCGCGGCGUUGCAUCAUGGGUAGCUCGCAUGCACUGCCCGGGAGAGUACUACUCGGUUUAUGCCCGCGUCAGUACGUACAUCGACUGGAUCAAAGCCAAUAGGAGAUAAGCACUGCGCGUGCUACAGCAAAUACCAUAACACAACCGUAGUUGUAAGUCUUUCGAGUCAAGCUACUAAGGGUUGAUUUAAGUCCCGGUUGUACUAAGUUUUCACUUAAACUGUUAGAGUGUACAGAAUACGACGAUUCGUUUGCAAAUAAAAAAGUCAUAUAAAAAAUA